AUGGACGGUCGAGACGAGCCUUGGAAUCGAGCUGUGCGCCUGGACGUGAUCGCCACUCUCUUCGCGGCGGGCGGCUCCCUCGUCUGGGUCAAGAUCUUCGACGGCCUCGCCAGCGCCGGGUACCUCGAGCAGAAGCUGUCGAGGAAGAUAGUCCACAUCACGACCGGGCCGCUGUUCCUCCUGACGUGGCCGGCGUUUGGCGACGCAGCCUACUCCCCGUUGUGCGCGGCGCUCGUGCCGGCGCUGAACGCCUGCCGCUUGUUCGCGAUCGGGUCCGGCAUCGUCGUCGACGAGGGCGCCGUGCGCAGUUUGAGCCGCGAGGGGGACAACAGCGAACUCCUCCGGGGGCCUCUGUACUACUGCUUGGCGAUGACGGCGGCGACGGUGCUGUGCUGGCGGGGCUCGGCGGUCGGGUUCACGUCCCUCUCGCUGAUGUGCGGCGGCGACGGUUUCGCGGACAUCGUCGGGCGCAGGCUCGGCGGCAAGGCCCGGAUCCCGUGGAAUCCGAAGAAGUCGGUGGCUGGCAGCGCAGCGAUGUUUGUGGCGGGCCUCUGUAUGUCAGUGGCCUUCCUGCAGUACUUCACGUCGCUUGGGUACAUGAAUGCCGACGUCGCGGGGUCGCUCCCAGCGCUCGCCGCGGUCGCCGCGGCCGCCACGCUCGUCGAGAGCCUCCCCGUGAGCGACAAGCUGGACGACAACCUCUCGGUGCCGCUCGCGACGUACGUGGCGGGGUUCCUCUUGCUCGGCCAGAACGCCGUGUGA